GCCGGUUGAAGUACACCGCAGUAAAAAUGGUGAAGCCGCGUUUUAAGGGACGGAGCACGAUCAACCCUUCUACCUCCAGCAGCAAUCCUGAUCGUGUCAAGGGUGCUGGAGGUAACAACAUGAGAGACCGGGCAACAAUCAAGCGGCUUAAUAUGUACCGGCAGAAAGAGCGGCGGAACAACCGUGGCAAAGUCAUUAAAACCCUGCAGCACCAAUCAUCAGUUGCCCCCGGAACUGUUGCCAGGGUGGAACCCAAUAUCAAAUGGUUUGGGAACACCCGUGUUGUUAAGCAGUCGUCUUUGCAAAAAUUCCAGGACGAAAUGGAUGCUGUAAUGAAAGAUCCAUACAGAGUGGUGAUGAAACAGAGCAAGCUGCCUAUGUCUCUUCUGCAUGAUCGUGUAAAACCUCAUAAUUCCAAAGUUCACAUUCUUGACACUGAAACAUUUGAGACAACCUUUGGCCCCAAAGCUCAACGAAAGAGGCCAAACCUUUCAGUCUGUGAUGUGCAAGAGCUAAUGGAGAAUGCAGAAUCCUUGGCAGAAAAUUAUAACCAGCAGAAUGACAGAGAUCUGGUUAAAGAGGACACUGGUGUCAGAGAUGAAGCCCGUGAGGAGAUCUAUAAGAAAGGCCAGUCUAAGCGAAUCUGGGGAGAACUCUAUAAGGUGAUUGAUUCAUCUGAUGUGAUUGUGCAAGUCUUGGAUUCCAGAGAUCCCAUGGGUACUCGUUCGCCCCAUAUCGAAUCUUAUCUCAAGAAAGAAAAGCCUUGGAAGCAUCUUAUUUUUGUCCUAAACAAGUGUGACUUGGUACCUGCAUGGGCUACGAAACGUUGGGUUGCCACAUUAUCUCAGGAAUAUCCAACAUUAGCUUUUCACUCCAGCCUUACCAACUCUUUUGGGAAAGGAGCCUUCAUCCAACUUCUUAGACAGUUUGGAAAGCUUCACACUGACAAAAAGCAGGUCAGCGUGGGAUUUAUUGGAUAUCCUAAUGUGGGCAAAAGUUCUGUAAUUAAUACACUAAGGUCCAAGAAAGUUUGCAACGUGGCUCCAUUAGCUGGUGAAACAAAGGUUUGGCAGUACAUUACCCUCAUGCGGCGUAUAUUUCUCAUAGACUGCCCUGGAGUUGUAUAUCCAUCUGGCGACUCAGAAACAGACAUUGUUUUGAAGGGAGUGGUACAAGUUGAAAAGAUUAAAAGCCCAGAGGACCACAUUGCUGCUGUGCUUGAGAGAGCCAAGCCUGAAUACAUUAGGAAGACCUAUAAGAUAGAGUCCUGGGAAAAUGCAGAGGAUUUCCUGGAAAAGCUUGCAUUUAGAACAGGAAAACUUCUAAAGGGCGGUGAACCAGACCGUCAAACUGUCUCAAAAAUGGUUCUUAAUGACUGGCAGAGGGGGAGGAUUCCGUUCUAUGUUAAACCUCCUAAUGCUGAACAUAAUUCCGAGACAGCACAGGCAUUGGCUACUCCUGCAGAUACCAGUAGUGUUACUAAGGAGCAGUCAGAGGAAAAUGAUACAACAGAAGCUUCUCAAGAAAAUCCAGACAGAAAUCAGAUCAAAGAUCUCAUGUCCCAUGUACGACAAAACUUUGGCAAGAUCAGCGUGGCACCAGAAUUCUCAGAGGAAGAUUUAGUACCUAUUGAAGGAAUCCCAGAUAUCUCUGAUGUUGAGUCUGAAGAAGAGGACUCUGCAGAAGAAGAAACAGAAGAGGAAAGCAGUGAUAUGCUAAUGGGUGAAACAAAGGAUUCAAGCACCAAAGACAGAAGUUCUAAAGCACUGGUAAAAGAGUUAGAUGAUCGGAUUGCAAAGUACAAAAAAUUCCUAGACAAAGCCAAAGCCAAAAGAUUUUCUGCUUUAAGAAUUCCUAAGCAUCUGACAGAAAACCUGUUUACAAAACCAAGUGAGGACCAACAAGAUAAAGGAAAAGGAAAGAAAAGAAAACAAUGUGAUGCCGAUGAAGAAGAUAGUGAACAGCCACAAAAGAAACUUUCAUCAAAAGAGAGGAGAAGGCAAGAGCGCCAGCAGCACUCUAAGAAAGUUGGUGUGCGGUAUUAUGAAACUCAUAAUGUCAAAAACAAGAAUCGCAACAAAAAGAAAACAGACUCCCAAGGCCAGCAAAGCAAACACAGAAAACAAAAGCUUAAACACUGAUGUCUAAAACUGUUUUGCAAUUAAAUUACUUGAGACUUUU